AUGUCCGAUAAUAAUAAGGAAUAUUCCAUAAAGUUUCUGACCUUCAAUACUUGGGGGUUGAAAUACGUCUCCAAACACCGCAAAGAAAGACUCAGGGCCAUUGCGGAUAAGUUGGCGGGCCACUCAACACUGACCCCAAUAUCUGACGAGUUGCUGCCCAAUGGUGGAGAUAGCAUUGGCAACGAAGAUUACGACGUGAUUGCCUUACAAGAGAUCUGGUGUGUGGAAGACUGGAAGUAUCUGGCUUCGGCAUGUGCCACCAAGUAUCCGUAUCAGCGUCUGUUCCAUUCCGGUAUCCUGACGGGUCCUGGUUUGGCCAUACUGUCCAAAGUCCCCAUUGAGUCGACCUUCCUUUACCGGUUCCCCAUAAAUGGUAGACCAAGUGCAGUGUUUCGCGGCGAUUGGUACGUGGGGAAGUCUAUUGCCAUCACAGUAUUGAACACGGGCACGCGUCCCAUUGCGAUAAUGAACAGUCACAUGCACGCUCCAUACGCCAAGCAGGGCGAUGCCGCCUACUUAUGUCACAGAUCUUGUCAGGCCUGGGAUUUCAGCAAGCUCAUUAAGCUUUACAGGCAGGCCGGCUAUGCGGUGAUUGUGGUGGGCGACUUGAACUCCAGACCAGGCUCACUACCCCACAAAUUCCUCACGCAGGAGGCCGGCUUGGUCGACUCCUGGGAACAAUUGCAUGGGAAGCAAGACUUGGCGGUGAUCGCCCGUCUUUCUCCAUUGCAGCAAUUGCUUAAGGGCUGUACCACUUGCGAUUCGCUGCUCAACACAUGGAGAGCCCAAAGACAACCCGAUGAGGCAUGCAGACUGGACUAUGCCCUUAUUGACCCUGAUUUUUUGCAGACAGUAGAUGCAGGUGUUAGGUUUACUGAAAGAAUCCCCCACCUGGACUGCAGUGUUUCUGACCAUUUCGCAUACUCAUGCACCUUAAAUGUCGUCCCACAAGGCACAGAGUCCCGUCCAUCCACCUCCGUCAAGCAUGCAAAAGUCCUUGAUAGAGAACAGAUCUUACAGAAAUACUCUAACUACGAAACCAUGAUAGAAUGCCUCCACACGUACAUGAAGACCGCCCAGAGGCAGAAAUUCUUCCGCGGCCUGCACUUCUGGGCCUCAAUACUUCUCCUGAUAGCGUCACUGGUCGUGACAACGUUUACUGCAAACAAGGCAGGCUGGUCCUCCAUCUUCUGGGUCCUUUUUGCCAUUGCUGUCUCGAUCUCGGGCACCAUCGACGGUGGCAUUUCGUUCUUGUUUGGCAGAUCUGAAAUCAGAGCGCUUACCGAAGUCGAACUAGAAGUCCUUGAUGCGGAGCACCAUCUGCAAACUUUCUUGACCGAGAAAUGA